CUAAAAAACUCUUUGUUUUACUCUGCAUUAUAUAAAGGAAAUCAAUUCUCAGAAGAAGAAGAAAAAAAUAUGGAGGUAAGAAUGGGCAGAGGCGGCGAAAGUAAAAAUCGGCCGAAGAGAGAGGGCCCACUGUGCGGCUUCUUCACCGGAGAGGAGGUGGAGGUGGCGAGGAUCAUAGCCAGUCUCCCUCAGCUCAUCAAGGCCAAAUCCAAAUUCUCCGGCGGAUUUCGCGGCCUCCGAUUCUGGCUGUGGAAGAAGAGGAGGUCGGCGGUCGCGUUUCCCGUCGUUGCUCCGCCUCCGACUCCGCCGCGCAUUCCGUCUCGCCCGCCGUCUCCGCCGUCUCCUCUGGCGGUCGAAUUGGAAUUUUACCGUCCGCAGCGGCUCCUUCGCAGAGACUUCCCCGUCGAGAUUUAACAUUAAUGCAGAAGAAAAAAGAACGUGACAUAUAUACUUGGCAGUAACUAAUUGUGGUGGAAAAAAUCAAACGUGUCCAUCAAU